ACAAGCGGGAGGGAGAUGGAUCACAAAAUGAUGUAUGAACAGCUCAAAGGUCAGGUCAAGCUACCAAAUUUUGCAAUUCCAAAACGGUACGAUCUCAAGUUGAAGCCUGAUCUAUCGGCAUGCACAUUUGCCGGUUCCGUCGAAAUCAAUCUGGAUAUCGUUCAAGAGACACAGUUCCUCGUCUUGAAUGCGCUUGAACUUGUCAUCAACGAAGUAUACUUCAGGGAUUCUCAUCAACGGGAAUACCGACCUUCAGAUGUUACCGUAGACAAUGAAGACGAGAUACUUGUGUUGGCCUUUGCUGAUGUUCUUCCCUUGGGAGAGGGGAUUUUAGGGGUUAAUUUUUCAGGAAUCCUUAAUGAUCACUUGAUAGGAUUUUACAGGAGCACCUUUGUGGUUGGGGGAGAGAAGAAAAACAUGGCUGUUACACAAUUCGAAGCGGCAGAUGCGAGACGGUGUUUCCCGUGCUGGGAUGAACCUGCUCUCAAGGCUACUUUCAAGAUAACAAUGGAAGUACCAUCUGAGUUUACAGCAUUGUCCAACAUGCCAGUUAUUGAUGAAAAGCUUAAUGGACACUUGAAGACAGUUUCUUUUGAUGAAACGCCAACUAUGUCAACAUACUUGGUAGCUUUUGUAGUCGGCUUGUUUGAUUAUGUUGAAGAUAUAACAAGCGAUGGAAUUAAGGUCCGUGCAUAUUGCCCAGUUGGUGAGAGUGAGAAAGGGAAGUUAGCUUUAGAUAUUGCUGUAAGGGUGCUUGAUCUAUAUAAGAAAUUUUUUUCAAUGCCAUAUACACUUCCUAAACUGGAUAUGGUUGCAAUCCCUGAUUUUUGUUUUGGGGCUAUGGAGAAUUAUGGUUUGAUUACAUUUCGUGAAAAUGAACUGCUCCAUGAUGAAUUGCAGUCUGCUGCAGUUAACAAACAGCGGCUUGCAAUUGUCGUAGCACAUGAAGUGGCUCAUCAGUGGUUUGGCAAUUUAGUAACAAUGGAAUGGUGGACUCAUUUAUGGCUGAAUGAGGGAUUUGCAACUUGGGUGAGCUAUUUAGCCACUGACUGCUUAUAUCCUGAGUGGAAGAUCUGGAAUCAAUUUCUUCAACUAACAGUUGGUGGUCUACAGCUGGAUGCACUGGAAGAAUCACACCCAAUUGAGGUAGAGGUCCUACAUGCUCGUUCAAUAAAUGAAGUUGCCGACGCAAUAAGCUAUAAAAAAGGAUCUGCUGUUGUCCGAAUGCUGCAAGAUUAUCUUGGGGAUGAUAUAUUCCAGAGAUCUUUAGCUGCGUAUAUAAAGAAAUAUGCAUGGAAAAAUGCUAAGACAGAAGAUCUAUGGGAUGUUCUUUCUGAGGUAUCUGGAAUCCAAGUGCGUAAAUUGAUGGAUACAUGGACAAAGCAAAUGGGAUAUCCAGUCCUAUAUGUAAAAUCCAAAAAUCAAAUUAUAGAGUUUGAACAGUCACAAUUUCUUUCAUCCGGUUCACAUGGGCAGAAAGACUGGAUUGUUCCAGUUACACUAUGUAUUGGUUCUUACAAACGUCGCAAGAACUUGUUGAUAGAAACUAAAUCUGGGAAUUUGGACAUUUCUAGUCUUUGUUGUUCUUCUGAUGGCAGUGCUAGAACUUAUGAGUUAAAUCAAGAGAAAUGGGAUGAUGAACAGCUAUGGGUAAAACUUAAUGUUGGACAGACUGGCUUUUAUAGGGUGAAGUAUGAUGAUGUCCUUGCAGCUCGACUAAUGAAAGCCAUAGAGGCUAAUCUUUUGUCCUCAACAGAUAGAUUUGGCAUUUUGGAUGAUUCAUAUGCUCUUUUCGAGGCUUCUGAUCUGUCACUAUCAUCUUUGCUUUCCAUGAUGAAUGUAUACAGAAAAGAGAUUGAUUAUGUUGCUUUAUCAAGGCUAAUUGAUAUAAGUUAUAACAUUGUGAAGAUCUCAAGCGAGGCCAUCCCAUAUUCAUUGAAUGAGUUGAAACAAUUUUUCAAAAAUUUACUCUCUGCAAAUAAAUUGGGCUGGGAAACUAUAUCUGGUGAGAGCCACUUGAAUGUUCUGCUGCGGGGGGAGCUCUUGACCGCAUUGGUAGUCUUCGGCCAUAGUGCGACUCAAAAGGAAGCACUCAGGCGUUUCCAUAUAUUCUUGGGUGAUAGGAACACCCCACUUCUUCCUGCUGACCUGAGAAGGGUUGCAUAUGUUGCUGUAAUGCAAAUUGUUAGUGCAAAAAGUAGAACUGGGUUUGAAUCUCUUCUAAAUGUAUAUAGAGAGGCUGAUGCAGUUCAAGAGAAGGCACGAGUCCUACGUACACUGGCUUCUUGUCCAGACUCAGAUAUUGUUCUAGAAGUUCUGAACUUUUUGCUGUCUGAUGAGGUUAGAGAUCAAGAUAUUAUAUACGGACUUUCCGGAAUAAGCUCAGAAGGCCGUGAAAUAGCAUGGAGAUGGUUAAAGGAUAAUUGGGACCUCAUUGCAGACAGAUGGGGCUCUGGGGGCCUACUCACCCAAUUCAUACGAGAGAUUGUAACACCUUUUUGUAGCUGGGAGAAGGCUGACGAAAUAGAAGCAUUUUUUGCAACCCGUGUCACUCAUGGAAUUGCCAGGACUUUGAAGCAAAGUAUAGAACAGGUCCGGAUCAAGGCCAGGUUGGUUCAAAAUGUACAGCAUGAGCAAUCAGUUGACAAGCUGAUCAGACAGUUGGCAUUCAAGGAAUAGUUGUUACAACUGUAGAAGCAAGGCUCUUGAAUUUAUUUGAGUCCCCAACUCUGGCAACUUCCUCUUGUUAUUCACUAUUACCGGUUCAAAACAUACUUUGCAAUAAUCUUUCACUAUGUAAUACUUGAAUUUAAGGGU